AUGGCGGCCGAUCCCACUCAGCUUCAUCAACUCUCCUUGCUUCUGGGUUCCGAUCGCACCCACUUCGAAACCCUAAUUUCCCAUCUCAUGUCCUCUUCUAAUGACCAACGUUCACAGGCUGAAUCCCUUUUCAACCUCUGCAAACAAGCCCACCCAGAUGCUCUUGCUCUCAAACUCGCUGAUCUUCUCCAUCCAUCUGCUCAUCCUGAGGCUCGUACCAUGUCUGCCAUUCUCCUCCGCCGUCAACUCAUUCGUGAUGAUUCUUAUCUCUGGCCUCGUCUUACUCCUUCUACUCAAUCUACUCUUAAAUCUGUUUUGCUUUCCUCUCUUCAAACUGAGGAAUCUAAAUCUAUUUCCAAGAAGUUGUGUGAUACUAUUGCUGAACUUGCUUCUGGGAUUUUGCCCGAUGGGGGUUGGAAUGAAUUGAUGCCGUUUAUUUUUCAGUGUGUUACUUCUGAUAGUUCUAAGUUGCAGGAGUCUGCUUUGUUGAUUUUUGCUCAAUUGGCUCAGUAUAUUGGUGAAACCCUAGUUCCGCAUUUGGAUACGCUUCACUCUGUGUUUUCUCAGUGUUUGGGUUCGUCUAAGACUGGGGAUGUGAGGAUUGCGGCUUUGGGUGCUGCGAUUAAUUUUAUUCAAUGUUUGUCUAGUGCUUCUGAUAGGGAUAGGUUUCAGAAUCUAUUGCCCUUGAUGAUGCAGACAUUGACCGAGGCUUUGAAUUCUGGUCAAGAAGCUACUGCAAAAGAUGCGCUUGAGUUAUUGAUUGAAUUGGCUGGGACCGAGCCGAGAUUCUUGAGGAGGCAGUUGGUUGAUGUGGUUGGUUCUAUGUUGCAGAUUGCUGAGGCGGAUUCACUAGAAGAAUCUACUAGACAUUUAGCCAUUGAGUUUGUUAUAACGCUUGCUGAGGCUCGAGAGCGAGCUCCUGGGAUGAUGAGGAAGUUGCCACAGUUUAUAAGUAGGUUGUUUGGAAUACUUAUGAACAUGUUGUUGGAUAUCGAGGACGAUCCUGCUUGGCAUACUGCAGAUACUGAGGAUGAGGAUGCGGGUGAGAGUGACAAUUAUGGAUUUGGCCAAGAGUGUUUGGAUAGACUUUCUAUUUCAUUGGGUGGCAACUCUAUUGUGCCUGUUGCCUCCGAGAUGUUUCCAGCUUUCUUGGCUGCUCCUGAAUGGCAAAAGCAUCAUGCAGCACUUAUUGCACUCUCACAAAUUGCAGAGGGUUGCUCGAAGGUAAUGAUAAAGAAUCUCGAGCAAGUACUCUCUAUGGUUUUGAAUUCAUUCCAACAUCCGCAUCCACGUGUACGAUGGGCAGCCAUUAAUGCGAUUGGCCAGUUGUCUACUGAUCUAGGCCCAGAUUUGCAGGCUCAAUAUCACCAUCUUGUUGUGCCUGCUUUAGCUGGAGCUAUGGAUGAUUUUCAAAAUCCACGAGUACAGGCACAUGCUGCUUCAGCAGUUCUCAAUUUCAGUGAAAAUUGCACCCCAGAUAUUUUAACGCCUUACUUGGAUGGAAUUGUGAGCAAACUCCUUGUACUACUGCAGAAUGGAAAGCAGAUGGUGCAGGAGGGUGCUUUGACAGCUCUUGCAUCUGUUGCUGAUUCAUCUCAGGAACACUUCCAGAAGUAUUAUGAUGCUGUAAUGCCUUACUUAAAAGCUAUUCUUGUAAAUGCAAGUGACAAAUCCAAUCGUAUGCUUCGAGCCAAAUCCAUGGAGUGUAUCAGUUUGGUUGGCAUGGCUGUUGGAAAAGACAAGUUUAAGGAUGAUGCCAAGCAGGUUAUGGAUGUUUUGUUGUCACUACAAGGAUCUCCAAUGGAAGCAGAUGAUCCCACAACCAGCUACAUGUUACAAGCAUGGGCAAGACUCUGCAAAUGCCUUGGACAGGAUUUUCUUCCUUAUAUGAGUGUUGUGAUGCCACCUUUGCUUCAAUCUGCUCAACUUAAACCUGAUGUCACAAUCACAUCUGCUGAUUCAGAUGCUGAUAUUGAUGAUGAUGAUGAUAGCAUUGAAACAAUAACUCUAGGUGACAAAAGGAUUGGCAUCAAGACUAGUGUUUUGGAGGAAAAAGCCACUGCUUGCAACAUGCUGUGUUGUUAUGCCGAUGAGUUAAAAGAAGGAUUUUUUGUCUGGAUUGAUCAGGUUGCUCCUACUUUAGUUCCACUCCUUAAAUUUUAUUUCCAUGAAGAAGUUAGGAGGGCUGCUGUGUCAGCCAUGCCGGAGCUCCUGCGUUCAGCAAAAUUGGCUGUUGAGAAAGGGCAAUCUCAAGGUCGUGAUGAAUCCUAUGUAAAGCAGUUAUCAGAUUAUAUUGUACCAGCUUUGGUGGAGGCAUUACACAAGGAGCCCGAGGUGGAGAUAUGUGCCAGUAUGUUGGAUGCAUUGAAUGAGUGUGUACAGAUCUCCGGACCACUUCUUGAUGAAAGCCAAGUAAGGUGCAUUGUCGAUGAGAUUAAACAUGUCAUAACUGCUAGUUCCUCGAGAAAGCAUGAAAGAAUGGAGAGGGCAAAAGCAGAGGAUUUUGAUGCAGAUGAGAGAGAAUUGCUUGAUGAAGAAAAUGAGCAAGAGGAAGAAGUUUUUGAUCAGGUUGGUGAUUGUUUGGGAACUUUGAUCAAGACUUUCAAGGCCUCGUUCUUGCCUAUGUUUGAUGAACUGUCAUCAUAUUUGACACCUAUGUGGGGUAAGGAUAGAACAGCAGAGGAGAGGAGGAUAGCAAUAUGUAUUUUUGAUGAUGUUGUGGAACAUUGCCGUGAAGCAGCCCUCAGGUACUAUGAUACCUACCUUCCUUUCUUGUUGGAGGCUUGCAAUGAUGAGAAUCCUGAUGUCCGUCAGGCGGCUGUUUAUGGUAUUGGUGUUUGUGCUGAGUUUGGUGGAUCUGUAUUCAAACCACUUGUUCAAGAGGCCCUUUCGAGGUUGGAUGUGGUGAUACGGCACCCAAAUGCCCAACAUUCUGAAAACGUAAUGGCAUAUGACAAUGCUGUUUCAGCUCUUGGAAAGAUAUGCCAGUUCCACAGAGACAGUAUAAAUGCACCUCAGUUGGUUCCUGCUUGGCUAGGCUGUUUGCCUAUCAAGGGUGAUUUAAUUGAGGCAAAGCUAGUGCACGAUCAGCUCUGUUCAAUGGUUGAAAGGUCCGAUAAAGAACUCUUAGGUCCCAACAAUCAAUAUCUUCCCAAAAUUGUUUCCAUUUUUGCUGAGGUUCUAUGUGCGGGUAAGGAUCUUGCGACAGAACAAACUGCCAGUAGAAUGGUAAACCUUUUGAGGCAGCUUCAGCAAACUCUACCACCUUCCACACUGGCAUCGACCUGGUCGUCUUUGCAACCGCAACAGCAGCUUGCACUUCAAUCAAUCCUCUCAUCUUAGCGUAAUUGGAAUUGGCAAGAAAGGUCAUUCUUUGUUCCAGAUUGUGUCAGAUCCUGAGUUGGUUACAUCUUGAUUGGGUUGGCUGUGUGUUUUCUGGUAUUUUUCGAAGCAUUGUAGCCCGAUAAUGUCAUCCCUUUUGCAUUGCAAAGCACAGCAGUCAUCCCUUGAAGAAAGCUGCUGCUGCUGCAGCAUUGGCGUCGCGUGUUUUUGUCAUCCUGUCUCAUAAUGUAUUAUUUAUUUUUUUACGCGCUUGUUUAAAGCAUCGAUUUUGCAUGGUCCAAAAGGCAAGGAGAAAGAGUUGUUACAGUUUGUGUGUAUAGUACAAAAUUAUUGGUGAACCAGAGUCCCUACCCCCCAGAAAAAGAGUGAAGCAAGCAAAAAAUAAUGUCCGAGUUGGUUAUUAUUAUUUUUGAGGCUUUGAAGUUUUGGAAAAGUGAGGUCAAAGCGUGUCAUUGAAACAGAGAAUUGUUAAGUUUUGGUUUUUGGUUCUUUACAUUUUCCCGAGUACUUUCAACAGCUGUUGGCAGUUUUGCUGUCUUAUGGUGAAAAUUAUAAUUUGAUGAAAGGGUGAGGAAUGGUUUUUUUU